AUGAGAGCUGUCCUCACGCAAGGUACUGAAGAACACCAGACGGCGUUUUGCUACCAGGUGAAUGGAUCUUGCCCCAGGACGGUCCAUCCUCUGGCCAUCCGGUUGGUCAUCUACCUGGCCUGUGCGGCAGGCAUGCUAAUCACCAUCCUGGGGAAUUUGUUUGUGGUGUUUGCAGUGUCUUACUUUAAAGUGCUUCACACUCCCACCAACUUCCUGCUGCUCUCCUUGGCACUGGCUGACAUGCUUUUGGGUCUGCUGGUGCUCCCCCUCAGUGCCAUUCGCUCUGUGGAGAGCUGCUGGUUCUUUGGGGACCUUCUCUGCCGUCUGCAUACCUACCUGGACACUCUCUUCUGCCUCACCUCCAUCUUCCACCUUUGCUUCAUCUCCAUUGACCGCCACUGCGCUAUCUGUGACCCCCUGCUCUAUCCCUCUAAGUUCACGGUCAAGAUGGCAGUCAGAUACAUCUUGAUAGGAUGGGGGGUGCCAGCAGCUUACACCGCCUUCUUCCUCUACACCGAUGUGAUAGAGAGAGGACUCCGCCAAUGGCUGGAAGAGAUGCCAUGUGUGGGCAGUUGCCAGCUGCUUUUCAAUAAAUUUUGGGGCUGGCUGAACUUCCCUGCUUUCUUCAUCCCCUGUCUUAUCAUGAUCAGUUUGUACGUGAAGAUCUUCAUGGUGGCUACCAGGCAGGCUCAGCAGAUCAGCACCUUGAGCAAAAGUUUGGCUGGGGCUGCCAAGCAUGAGAGAAAAGCUGCCAAGACCCUGGGCAUUGCUGUGGGCAUCUACCUUUUGUGCUGGCUUCCCUUUACCAUAGACACCAUGGUGGACAGCAUCCUGAACUUCAUCACACCACCUCUGGUCUUUGACAUCUUUAUCUGGUUUGCUUACUUUAAUUCAGCCUGCAACCCUAUCAUCUAUGUCUUUUCCUACCGGUGGUUCAGGAAGGCGCUGAAACUCACCCUGAGCUGGGAGAUCUUCUCGCCAAGGACAUCCACCAUUGAUCUGUACCAAGAAUGA